AUGAGCGACCCCCGCCGUGGCCGCCGGCCAGACAGCCAUCAAAUGUGGGACGAAUCCGAAGCCUUCGAACGGGAGAGACUGCCCGCACGGGAACCUAGAGACUCCAACUGGAGGGGAUACCGCGCCGGCUCUCGGGAGAGAGCGGCGGGAGAUCGAUCUCCCGGUCGACGAUACACAGAUCGAGAUGCUGAUAGAGGCCGUGGCGGACGCGGAGACCGUGACCGUUACCGUGACCGUUACCGCGGCCGUGACGACGACGACCGAGAUCGUGAUCGUGAUCGUGAUCGUGCCAGGGGAUGGGAUCGUCGCGAUGACCGGUUCGAUCCUCGAGACCAUCGCGACUAUCGUCAUCGAGGCGAAGACAAGGACUCCCCUCGUCGCCGCUCCGCCUCCCCCCCAAGUUCCCCCCCACCCGUUGUCGACCUGCCUUCGCGGUCUCGUCCACCAGACCAACAACAAACAUCCCGUACCGUCGGCAACCGACCACGCAGCCCGUCGCCGCGCCGCCGCAAGCACAGCAGGACUCGCCACAAUGGUCCGUCCUCGCCCGGCGAUACCCUGGACGCCGCCGCCGACGAAGCCGACGCCGAUGUCGACCCGGACGUUGCAGCCAUGCAGGCCAUGAUGGGCUUCGGCGGAUUCAGCUCCACCAAGGGCAAGAUGGUCGCCGGCAACGAUAGCGGUACUGUGCGCAAGGAGAAAAAAUCAGAAUAUCGACAGUACAUGAACCGACAGGGAGGCUUUAACAGGCCGCUGAGUCCAUCGAGGUGA